CAGUGAAGCUCCUCCCACUACAAACACACCUUCAGUGAAGCUCCUCCCACAACAAUCACACUUUCAGUGAAGCUCCUCCCACAACAAUCACACUUUCAGUGAAGCUCCUCCCACAACAAUCACAUCUUCAGUGAAGCUCCUCCCACAACAAUCACACCAUCAGUGAAGCUCCUCCCACUGCAGUUCAUCAAUAAAUGCUGGAAUAUUCCCAUCAGUCUACAAGUGAAGACCAGCAUCAAAGCAUCAGGAAGAAGUGAAAUCUGCAGAGACAGAGUUUAUUGAAGAACAGAGAGAACAUGAGAGAUCCAGAACCCUGCAGAACCAAACACACUGAAGAACAAGCAGAGUUGAUUGAAGAAUACGAGGAGCAUGAAGAACUGAAUAAAGAGGAGGACAAACAUGUCAAAACUAAAGAAAACUUUUUGAGUCACUCUCAAACCAAACAGAAAGAUUUAAAGAAGAGAAGAGACAAGAAAUCUUUCACCUGCACUCAGUGUGGAAAGAGUUUGAGAAGCAAACCUGGUCUUGAGAUUCACAUGAGGAUCCACACUGGAGAGAAACCUUACAGAUGUGAUCGGUGUGGGAAGAGUUUUACAGCAUCAUCAAACCUUAAGAUGCACAUGAACAUCCACACUGGAGAGAAACCUUACAGAUGUGAUUGGUGUGGGAAGAGUUUUACAGCAUCAUCAAACCUUAAGAGACACAUGAACACACACACUGGAGAGAAACCUUAUGAAUGUGAUCAAUGUGGCAAAACAUUUUUGAGGGCUUCAAGCCUGAAGGAUCACCUGAGAGUUCAUUCAAAGGAGAAACCACAUUCAUGUUCUUUGUGUGGAAAGAGUUUUUCACAUCUGCAGAGUUUAAAAGUACAUGAGAAGAUACACACUGGUGUGAAAGAAUAUAUGUGUUUUGAGUGUGAGAAGACUUUUAUUACAGCUGAACAUUUGAAACGGCACCAGAGGAUCCACACUGGAGAGAAACCUUACAAGUGUUCACACUGUGAGAAGAGAUUCAGUCAGUUAGGAUAUCUGGAAACACAUGAGAGGAUCCACACUGGAGAGAAACCUUACAAGUGUUCACACUGUGAGAAGAGAUUCAGUCAGGCAGCAUCUCUGAAAUCACAUGAGAGGAUCCACACUGGAGAGAAACCGUAUCACUGCACUGUAUGUGGGAAGAGUUUCAGUCAAUCAUCUAAUCUACUCAUGCAUAGCAAAAACAUUCACAGUCAGUACCUGUUGGAGCACAUUAAGCAGCAGCAGGACCAGCUGGUGGCCAAGGUCAAUCACCUGAGCAGCAGGUUGCUGAAGAGCCAGAUAUCACUUUCAGUGAAGCUCCUCCCCAACAAUCACACCUUCACUAAAGCUCCUCCCACAAUAGGAUCACCUUCAGUCAAGCUCCUCCCACUGCAGUUCAUCAAUAAAUGCUGGAAUAUUCCCAUCAGUCUACAAAGUUUAUUGAAGAACAGAGAGAACAUGAGAGAUCCAGAACCCUGCAGAAUGAAACACACUGAAGAACAAACAGAGUUGAUUGAAGAAAACGAGGAGCAUGAAGAACUGAAUAAAGAGGAGGACAAACAUGUCAAAACUGGAGAAAACUUUUUGAGUCGCUCUCAAACCAAACAGAAAGAUUUAAAGAAGAGAAGAGACAAGAAAUCUUUCACCUGCACUCAGUGUGGAAAGAGUUUGAGAAGCAAACCUGGUCUUGAGAUUCACAUGAGGAUCCACACUGGAGAGAAACCUUACAGAUGUGAUCGGUGUGGGAAGAGUUUUACAGCAUCAUCAAACCUUAAGAUGCACAUGAACAUCCACACUGGAGAGAAACCUUAUGAAUGUGAUCAAUGUGGAAAAACAUUUUUGACGGCUUCAAGCCUGAAGGAGCACCUGAGAGUUCAUUCAAAGGAGAAACCACAUUCAUGUUCUUUAUGUGGAAAGAGGUUUUCACAUCUGCAGAAUUUAAAAGUACAUCAGAAGAUACACAGUGAUGUGAGAGAAUAUAUGUGUUUUGAGUGUGAGAAGACUUUUAUUAGAGCUGAACAUUUGAAACAGCAUGAGAUGAUCCACACUGGAGAGAAACCUUACAAGUGUUCACACUGUGACAAGAGAUUUAGUCGGUUAGGACACCUGACAAAACAUGAGAUGAUCCACACUGGAGAGAAACCUUACAAGUGUUCACACUGUGACAAGAGAUUCAGUCAGUCAGCAUCUCUGAAAUCACAUGAGAGGAUCCACUCUAGAGAGAAACCUUACAAGUGUUCACACUGUGACAAGAGAUUCAGUCAGUCAGCAUCUCUGAAAUCACAUGAGAGGAUCCACACUGGAGAGAAACCUUACAAGUGUUCACACUGUGAGAAGAGAUUCAGUCAGUUAGGAUAUCUGGAAACACAUGAGAGGAUCCACACUGGAGAGAAACCUUACAAGUGUUCACACUGUGACAAGAGAUUCAGUCAGUCAGCACAUCUGAAAUCACAUGAGAGGAUCCACACUGGAGAGAAACCGUAUCACUGCACUGCAUGUGGGAAGAGUUUCAGUCAAUCAUCUAAUCUACUCGUGCAUAGCAAAAACAUUCACAGUCAGUAUCUGCAGAGACAGAGUUUAUUGAAGAACAGAGAGAACAUGAGAGAUCCAGAACCCUGCAGAAUGAAACGCACUGAAGAACAAACAGAGUUGAUUGAAGAAAACGAGGAGCAUGAAGAACUGAAUAAAGAGGAAGACAAACAUGUCAAAACUGGAGAAAACUUUUUGAGUCGCUCUCAAACCAAACAGAAAGAUUUAAAGAAGAGAAGAGACAAGAAAUCUUUCACCUGCACUCAGUGUGGAAAGAGUUUGAGAAGCAAACCUGGUCUUGAGAUUCACAUGAGGAUCCACACUGGAGAGAAACCUUACAGAUGUGAUCGGUGUGGGAAGAGUUUUACAGCAUCAUCAAACCUUAAGAUGCACAUGAACAUCCACACUGGAGAGAAACCUUAUGAAUGUGAUCAAUGUGGAAAAACAUUUUUGACGGCUUCAAGCCUGAAGGAGCACCUGAGAGUUCAUUCAAAGGAGAAACCACAUUCAUGUUCAUGUGGAAAGAGGUUUUCACAUCUGCAGAAUUUAAAAGUACAUCAGAAGAUACACAGUGAUGUGAGAGAAUAUAUGUGUUUUGAGUGUGAGAAGACUUUUAUUAGAGCUGAACAUUUGAAACAGCAUGAGAUGAUCCACACUGGAGAGAAACCUUACAAGUGUUCACACUGUGACAAGAGAUUUAGUCGGUUAGGACACCUGACAAAACAUGAGAUGAUCCACACUGGAGAGAAACCUUACAAGUGUUCACACUGUGACGAGAGAUUCAGUCAGUCAGGAUCCCUGAAAUCACAUGAGAGGAUCCACUCUAGAGAGAAACCUUACAAGUGUUCACACUGUGACAAGAGAUUCAGUCAGUCAGCAUCUCUGAAAUCACAUGAGAGGAUCCACACUGGAGAGAAACCUUACAAGUGUUCACACUGUGACAAGAGAUUCAGUCAGUUAGGAUAUCUGGAAACACAUGAGAGGAUCCACACUGGAGAGAAACCCUACAAGUGUUCACACUGUGACAAGAGAUUCAGUCAGUCAGCACAUCUGAAAUCACAUGAGAGGAUCCACACUGGAGAGAAACCGUAUCACUGCACUGUAUGUGGGAAGAGUUUCAGUCAAUCAUCUAAUCUACUCGUGCAUAGCAAAAACAUUCACAGUCAGUAGUAGGGGAUGCACAGACUAAUCGACUACUCGACAUCAAUGCUCUGCCAUGACACUUUAAGUUGACUAGUCGCUGGUCCUAUAGGCGGUUUUCAUGGACGCGUCAUCAAUCCAGAAGUCGGCCAUGUUGGAGGCACUGAACAUAAACAAUGCCACUGAACGAACUUGCAAAUUUGACUGAUUAUUGCUGAUUAAAGAGGGCGUUUGUGGUUGAGAGAGGUACAGUUAUAGCACAUGUGUAAAUGAAGAGUCGACUAUGGCUUAAAUGUUGACUUAGUUAACUAUGGCUACAUUCACACUGUUAGUCCAAAUACGAUUAUCUUUGCAUCCGAUUGGAAUCUGAUCUAAAAUAAUGAUGUCCACACUGUAUAUCGCAACUGUUCGGAUCUGAUUUGUGUGUCCAUGCAGCUCUUUGGCGAUAAGGGAGGUGGCAUUGAUGGAGGUGUUUACAUUUGCGAUAGAUAUGUUGUUUUAUCUAAAUUUUACAACUUGGAAAUGUGUACCCGACUCGCUGGACUUCUGCGUCUUGAGCUGCAGAACUGUAGGAGGCUGGUAUGUAACGUUACAGCUUUUUUUUCCGCGCUGCGCUGGAUUCAAAAAUAAUAAUUGUCUGCUCGUCCGGCACUCUGCAACAACAAAGCCUUGUUUCGGCAGCGACUUUAAGCAUGUUCCCUAUAACAUAAUUAUUCUAUAAUACUAUGUAUUCAACAGCUGCUCAGGUCCACAUUUUAAGCCUGUUGGAGCACAUUAAGCAGCAGCAGGACCAGCUGGUGGCCAAGGUCAAUCACCUGAGCAGCAGGUUGCUGAAGAGCCAGAGUGUCCUGAAUGCAUUCAGCUUCCCAUCGAAUCACUGGAAGCGGUGGAUGAAUUUUUUGUAAAAAUUAAUUUACACAUGUGCAUGUGGUUGAUGAGCUGAUGCUGUAACUGUACCUCUCUAAACCACAAACGCCUUCUUUAAUCACUUUUUUUGCUCUCUUCUCUUUAACUUUUGACAGAACUCGAAAUGUUUUUAACCGAUGCGACAGAUUAGUACAGACCAAAACUUUACAAUUUUUUAGCAGCAAUAAUCAGUCAAAUUUGCGAGUCCGCUCAGUGGCAUUGUUUACGUUCUGUGCCUCCAAAAUGGCCAACAUCUGGAUUGAUGACGCAUCGUAAAAACCCUCUAUAGAUGGCACAACAAGAUAAUAAACCUUUGAAGGACUUCCACAUUUAUGCUCUGUUUCCAAACAGUUAAAAUGUCAAAUAAAUGUAUGCUCUGAAAGCUCCACAAGACAUGUAUGAUUAUAUUACUGGAUGUUUGAAGUUGAACGGGAGAAUGCACAUUUUAAACAGCUUAUUGUCCAGGUAAAUUAAUCGCUGUUCUAAUCUAAUGCGCUGCUGCACUGUAACACACACACACAUAGACUACAGACAGUAGCUCGUACAUCACGCAUGCACAGAAUCUUUCAGUGAGGAAAUGUACUGUCAUCUCUGUUCUGUUGUUUCUCAAUAAAAUAACUUAGAAAUGGAGAA